AUGAUCCUUCUCUUCCCCGAGCCCGAGGAUGACGGGUCGGUCACCGAGCAGGGCAGAUGGAGGUUUCCGCCUCCUCUCUUUCCUCUGGAGAUUUCAAAGCUCAAUAACAAAACUGAGUUGGAAGUGACUCACUGUGGACUGAAGAAGUUUGAAGUUUUCAUGACACUUGGGAGAUCACUGCUCUGCAAAGCGAUGUCGGCCACCCUCCUUUUUUCCUGGUUGUCUUUGGUCUUAUGCUUGCUGGCCCCGCCCAGUGCGUCGUUCUCCCAUGGUGCGGGCCAUGCCGCCUGUCUGGACAUGAUUCCUGGUCACAUACGUGCUCAUUCCCUGGACCCACAACACAGCUAUGUCUCUAUACGCACUUCUACCUUAUCGUACUACCCUGGACAGCUAAUAACAGUGACUGUCCGAAGCUCUCGGGACUUCAUGGGUUUCCUGCUUCAGGCUCGCAGCGUUGGAAAUAGGAAGCAUAGGGCCAGAAGAGGUUUUGGAGUGAGAUCUGUGGCACUUGGCCCACUUUUGGCAGGUGGGUCUUGGAUCCUAACGCCCUCAGGUACUCGCACCCUGCACUGCCUCUCAGAGGGCGACACUGUCACACACUCUGACAAACAGCGGAAAAGAUACCUCUCGUUUGUAUGGAGGGCUCCUGAUACUGCAGCGGGAGACCUGCGGUUUCACAUCACUGUGGUGCAGUCCUACUUUGUGUACUGGGCUGGGAUCGAGUCCACAGUAGUGCGCGAUGGUAGUCGUAGAAGUUGGAGGGGCAGUAAUACCACAGCAGUGGAUGAACUCAGCACAAUACAAUCAGUACAAGAGGAAAAAGUCACUGUCCUUCCAGGAUCUCUUGAAAAUGAGACUCAUACAACCCCAGCAUUCUUUUCAGUUGUGUCAGAAGGGAUAGCCAUUGACCCAGUCCCUCCUACCAAGGAGCCCCUUUCUUUCACAUCCACUGUGUCCUCAACUGACAUAAGAAGAAUGGUUGCUACCACCACAGUUUUUCCAAACAUUGCAGUAAAGAACUCAACCAAUAAUCAUUCUCUGUUAAAUUCCCUGUUCCCCUCAAUUCCUCCAAAUGAUGGAGAAGUUGAAGGGAGAGAAGUUGAGGAAAAAUCUCAAGAACCACAACUGAACAGCAAUCCUGAAAAAAGAAACACAACUACAGCUUCAGUAACUACCAUACCUAUGAUCAGUAACAGCUUUCACGUUACAAAUACCUUAAGAUCCACAGACCACAAUCCUAAAGGGUCAGCUCGGGAACCAAAAACUCCAGCAAAAUUUAAGACCCAGAGCAAUUUAGGGGAACCUCAAUGGACUAUCCUGUAUGAGUCUCAAGUACAUACAACCAAAGCCAAAAUAGGUCCACACCUAAAAAAAUAUUCAUCAAAACCUCCUAAUUUACCUGCUUUUACAUCCAAAGCACCUCUCCAUUCCCAUUCAAAUUCAAGCCAAAACUCUCAUCUUCCCUCUAAAGUAUCUUUCCCCAUGCUACAAAACCCAUCAACAAAUCCAAUUCUUUGGGACAGCUCUUCAAACACUGAGCCUUUUAGAGCGUCAACUCUUUCCCAAGACAACAUCCAAUCUGACAAUACUGUAAGACAGCCUAAAAGCAGAACAUCAGGAGGCAAAAGCACCACGGAGAAAACCCACUCACAUCAAACAACCGUGAGCAGCCCUCUGCAGCCUCAUACCCGUAGCAUCAUUCGACAACCCUCGACAGGAAGCACAACCACUCAGACUCUGCCAAGCUUUUCACAAUUUGAUACAGCAAUACAGGUUUCAAGUACCUCUCCUCAAUCCCUUUACUUUGAUACUUUAAGUCAAUCCCCUGUGACUCCUCAAAGCAGCCCUCUAUCCUCUCAAUCAAUGUCUUAUCCAGUCUUCACUUUGGAGGAAGAUCUACAGUCUCCAGCAGAGAUCAACGCGACAAGUCUGGUCUUUGGUUUUGCUUCCUCUGUCAGUCCUAAACCCUCUUUUUCAAGUUCCAAAAAACCUGACUCAUCGUCUCUCUCCAUGAACUCUUUCCAAACCUCCGAUGUUGUUCAUCCAAGUACUGCCACUCAUCUACAUCAGUCAGCUGGCUCAACCCUGGAAUCCAUGUUUCCAGUCUUAAGGUCAACAUUGCCCAUCCAUUCAACUUACCCCUCUUCAAAGAAACAACCCAAAACAGCCCCAGCCUUUUCUGCCCUCCCAUCUCCUUUCCCAGUUUCCACACCUCACUUAUCCACUACCCAAUCUUCCCUUACUUCCCCUCUGCCAUUCUUUCUUACAUCUUCUACUGUUCUUUCCUCAAACUACUCCAACUAUUCAUCCCCAACUCAACUCUCCUCAGGGCUAAAAUCUGAUUCGUCCCCGUUUUCUUUCAACUCUUCUCUGUGCCUCAGAAGUUCUAACAUUUUCUGUUCUUCCUCUUCCACUGUGUCCCUAGCUCUAUCAUCACCAGCAACUUCCAUUUCAUUGGCCUUUUCACCAACUUUACCACCACCUUCUUUCUCAUCCACCUCUACCUCAACAGCUCCCACCUUUACAGAGCAUUCCACAUUUCCUUUCAUCUCAUCCAUCACCUCUCCUAAUUCGGGGCCUUCCCCAUCUCUCCAUCGCUCUCUACAUACACCUCUGGCAUCCUUAGUACCCUCUAAAAAUAUCACAUCAGUCCAGACACACAUUCGCCCCUCUAAUCCUGACCCAGAUCUGAAUGUACCAACACAGACGGUUGUUCAUCCAAAUCCCAAACCCUAUCCAAACCUCAGGGUGAAUUAUGGCCAGGAGUUCAAAUCGAAAAUUCCGAACAUUGACAUCAAACCCAAACAUCCUUCCGACCUUCCAAAAAUUGAAGGGAAGUAUCCAGACAUCAUUCCCAGACAUAGUACCUGGGAGCUGGGUAUACUGCUGGGCUGCUCCGCUGCUUUAGGUAUGGUGCUGAUGGUUGGAGUACGGUACAUGUACCGGCAGGCCUGCGGCAGGCGGACGGAGGUGACUCUGAAUGACAGGGAGAGAGAGUACGGGAGAGGGGAGAGAGGGCUUAUCCACGUCCAGGAGUGUGGAGAUUUAGUCAGAGUCCGCAAAAUCAGAGAAAACAGUUUUGUGCUUUUGACUGAGUAUGAUGUUCUGGCAUCACCUGGAAACUAA